AUGCAUGCGCAGGGCCCCUCGUGCAUGCGCAGGGCCCCUCGUGCAUGCGCAGGGCCCCUCGUGCAUGCGCAGGGCCCCUCGUGCAUGCGCAGGGCCUCUCGUGCAUGCGCAGGGCCUCUCAUGCAUGCGCAGGGCCCCUCGUGCAUGCGCAGGGCCCCUCGUGCAUGCGCAGGGCCCCUCGUGCAUGCGCAGGGCCUCUCGUGCAUGCGCAGGGCCCCUCGUGCAUGCGCAGGGCCUCUCGUGCAUGCGCAGGGCCCCUCGUGCAUGCGCAGGGCCUCUCGUGCAUGCGCAGGGCCCCUCGUGCAUGCGCAGGGCCCCUCGUCCAUGCGCAGGGCCCCUCGUGCAUGCGCAGGGCCUCUCGUGCAUGCGCAGGGCCUCUCGUGCAUGCGCAGGGCCUCUCGUGCAUGCGCAGGGCCCCUCGUGCAUGCGCAGGGCCCCUCGUGCAUGCGCAGGGCCUCUCGUGCAUGCGCAGGGCCUCUCGUGCAUGCGCAGGGCCUCUCGUGCAUGCGCAGGGCCUCUCGUGCAUGCGCAGGGCCCCUCGUGCAUGCGCAGGGCCUCUCGUGCAUGCGCAGGGCCCCUUGUGCAUGCGCAGGGCCUCUCUUGCAUGCGCAGGGCCUCUCGUGCAUGCGCAGGGCCCCUCGUGCAUGCGCAGGGCCUCUCAUGCAUGCGCAGGGCCUCUCAUGCAUGCGCAGGGCCUCUCGUGCAUGCGCAGGGCCCCUCGUGCAUGCGCAGGGCCUCUCGUGCAUGCGCAGGGCCCCUCGUGCAUGCGCAGGGCCCCUCGUGCAUGCGCAGGGCCUCUCGUGCAUGCGCAGGGCCUCUCAUGCAUGCGCAGGGCCUCUCGUGCAUGCGCAGGGCCUCUCGUGCAUGCGCAGGGCCCCUCGUGCAUGCGCAGGGCCCCUCGUGCAUGCGCAGGGCCCCUCGUGCAUGCGCAGGGCCUCUCAUGCAUGCGCAGGGCCCCUCGUGCAUGCGCAGGGCCUCUCGUGCAUGCGCAGGGCCCCUCAUGCAUGCGCACCGCCCCUGUCCUGGUUUGUUUUCAUCGGAUCCACGUGUGUACUUAGCCCGGGGAACAGGCGUCUCUCCAGCGGGGACAGCAGAGCAGGAGCAGCGGUGUCAGAGCAGAACAAAGCCGGGUUUAUGUCCUGGUUUAGGUCUCUCUCUGAAGCUCAGCGCCCCCUGCAGUUGCUGUCGGGGCAGGAGGGGCUCCUGAACCUGGUGAUGGAAAGCUCCGCCUGGAAGACCCCCCGCCUCGGGCGCAGACCUCGGGCCUCGCACCAUCACCACAGGCCUCCCCCGCGCUCCCUCUCCUCCCCCUCGCACACCCCCCUCUCCUCCGCCAGCCCCCCCCCCUCCUCCCUGUGGCCCAAACCCAAGUCCCGCUCGCUGACCCACCACCCCCACCCCACGUCCCGGAGCCUGGACCCGGCGCCGCAGCCUCCCGUCUCCAAAAUGGACUCCUGUCACAUCUCGGAGGAGUCGGCGCCGCUCCGUGUGCGUCUGUCUCGAGGGAAACCGCGGUGUGGGCGUGGCGAGGACAGCACCGACACGGCGCCCAAAGACUCCACGCUUUUAGACGACGGCGACGGAUACUACUCUGACGGCGAGCAGAGCGACGGCGAGCGUUCGCCGGGCCUGCUGCGUCCGGGCGGCGAGGAGCUGCUGCGGCGGAGCGUCCUGGCAUCGUAA